UCUUCUGGACGGCUCUUUCCCGCGCCGCUCCUCAGAUGCUGCCAAGCUGCGUGAGAAGGAGAAGCAGCAGCGCAGCGGCGGCACCCGGAGAAUGCUGACGACCUCCUGCCGCCGGCUCGCCCGGCUCUGAGCCCAGGCCGACGGGCCGGAGGAUGGCCCCUGCGCCCGGCUCGUCGCGGGCGCUGCUGGAGGCAUGGACCCGGCGGCGGGCGCCAGGAACUCCUCGGGCUCCGCCAACGGCACGGUGAGCGGCGGCGGCAGCGGCGGCGGGAGCGAGUCCCAAGGCAGCAGCGCCAUCCUGAUCUCGUUCAUCUACUCGGUGGUGUGCCUGGUGGGUCUGUGCGGCAACUCCAUGGUGAUCUACGUGAUCCUGCGCUACGCCAAGAUGAAGACGGCCACCAACAUCUACAUCCUCAACUUGGCCAUCGCCGAUGAGCUGCUGAUGCUGAGCGUGCCCUUCCUGGUCACGUCGACGCUGCUGCACCACUGGCCCUUUGGCUCGCUGCUGUGCCGGCUGGUGCUCAGCGUGGACGCCGUCAACAUGUUCACCAGCAUCUACUGCCUGACGGUGCUCAGCGUCGACCGCUACAUCGCCGUGGUGCACCCCAUCAAGGCGUCGCGCUACCGCCGGCCCACCGUGGCCAAGAUGGUAAACCUGGCCGUUUGGGGCCUGGCCAUCGUCAUCAUCCUGCCCAUCAUCAUCUUCUCCAAGACCGAAGCCAACACGGACGGCACGGUGGCGUGCAACAUGAUGAUGCCCGAGCCCAAGCAGAAGUGGCUGGUGGUCUUCGUGGUGUACACGUUCCUCAUGGGCUUCCUCUUGCCCGUGGUGGCCAUCAGCCUGUGCUACAUCCUCAUCAUCGCUAAAAUGCGCAUGGUGGCGCUCAAGGCCGGCUGGCAGCAGCGCAAGCGCUCCGAGAGGAAGAUCACGCUCAUGGUCAUGAUGGUCGUCAUGGUCUUCGUCAUCUGCUGGAUGCCUUUCUACGUCGUGCAGCUGGUCAACCUGUUCGUGGAGCCCGACGAUGCCACCAUCAGCCAGCUGUCGGUCAUCCUGGGCUACGCCAACAGCUGCGCCAACCCCAUCCUCUACGGCUUCCUCUCGGACAACUUCAAGCGCUCCUUCCAGAGGCUGCUGUGCCUCAGCUGGAUGGACAACGCCGCCGAGGAGCCCGUCGACUACUACGCCACCGCCCUCAAGAGCAGGGCGUACAGCGUCGAGGACUUCCCCCAGGACAACUUCGGGGAGUCCGGAGGCAUGUACAGGAACGGGACGUGCACCUCCAGGAUUACAACCCUCUGAGGACAGGCCUCGCCGCUCUCCCCCACCAGGAGAGGAAGGCCGGAUCCGGGGAGGGGGGUCGAGAAGAGGGGGCGCCAAUGGGUCAGUGUAAACCCCAGGAGGCUGGUGGCUCGAGCCCACCCAGGGACGACAGGAGUCCUGCGUUGCAGGGGUUGAUCUAGAUGAGUCCGGGGGUCCCGUCCAACUCUGCAUAUGUUAAAGCUAGAGAGAGCAGCACUGCACUAGUUGCCCAUCAAAUGGGGGAAAUAUGUGUGUGCGCGCGCGUCCUUUCUGCUCAGUUGGACCCGGGCACCCCUUCCCUCUUACCUGCAGUUGCUUUGGACACCCUCGUCCAUCAAUCCACAGCUCGCCCAGCAAGACUUUGAUUCCCCACCACCACCACCACCCCAGCGCUGCGCUUUGGGUACCAGGCCAUUGAGUGUGGGUCGGUUUGUGGGUCGCCUGU